AUGCCAACCGGUAUCUCCGUCGUAACAGGCGUAGCCCAAGGCGUCUCCGAACAACACAAGCAAAAUGCCGACGCCGCGAACCAAACCCGAAUGCUGAAGUUCCACCUAGACGUCGAGACCGACCCUCCCUUGCCUUCCUCACAUCCUCUGCACAGCUCCAUCCUCACGAUACACGAUAGCAAGCUUUACAUCGUGAGAAAGAACCCGGAGACGAAUCUACCAGCGAAUGGAUGGCAUCCGUUCACGGGAUUCUAUAUUGCAUACCCAGAUAACGAUCGAUGCUACACCCGUGGGCUGGUGAGCACCAUUUCCGUCGAUCCGCCGGUACUGAACUGGAUCUACAUCGAUAAGGAUUCGCAUCGUGCCUGCUGUGCUACUCGGACAGGCAGUAUCGCACAUCAUGUCGGCUCAUACGACUGGACGACCGAGGAGAACGAGGACUCACGGGUGACGCUCGAUGGAUGGGAGGGAUGGGUGGCCGUGGAGGAAGAGGAGGGCGUGUGGGCGGUGUUCUACGAUUGGGCAGAUAGUGGUUUGCAAGGCAAGGUGGGCAAGGGUAGGAGGAAGGAGGACGUGAUGUUGAGGAGACGGGUAAUCACUGGACAAGAGGUGAAUCAAUGGGGGUUGAAAGAGGAGGGUAAUAUUGGUUUCAAGAAGACGAGGGAGGUGUGA